ACUGACGUCAUACUCAGGCGACGGAAGUUGUGUUGUUGACUCUCGCGUUAGGCAGAAAUGGCUGGGUUGAUCAAGAAGACCACAGGCUUGGUUGGCCUUGCCGUCUCCCACAAUCCACAUGAGCGUCUUCGCAUUUUGUACACAAAGAUCCUGGGCUCUCUACAAACCAUGCCUCAGGAUGCUGCCUACAGGAAAUACACAGAGCAACUGAUCACCGAGAGGUUCAACCAUGUCAAAUCUGAGCCAGAUGUAGUAAAGCUAGAAAAGAAAAUCAACUGUGGACAGAUUGAGGAGGUUAUUUCACAGGCCGAGGCGGAGCUGGCUUUGUCCAGGAAGAUGACCGAAUGGAAACCGUGGGAGCCUCUGGUAGAGGAAUCACCGGCGAACCAGUGGAAAUGGCCCAUCUGAUGUCUCAUGAUGUUCAUGUGCAUAGUAUGUUUAUAUUAAAUAUAAAAAUUGUCCAUUUAA